CUCGUCAAUUUGAAGGUGCGUCUUACUUUUAGUUGUUUAGGCCUAGGCCUCGGCCUUAUACGAACCACACCCUUAUAUAUAGAUAUAUCUUUUAGGGUUUCUGUAAAGGUUACUGGAACAUUACGUUUAGAGCUGCAAUGGCGACAAGUGAAAUUGCUUGUACGUACGCGGUUCUCUUGCUCCAUGACGAUGGAAUUGCAAUUACGCCCGAGAAAAUUGCCGCUGUGGUGAAGGCGGCGAAUAUUCAGGUUGAUUCAUUUUGGCCCGGUCUCUUCUACAAGUUGGUCCAAAAGAGGAACAUUGAUGAUCUCAUUGUCAGUGCUGGAUCGGGUGGCGGUGGUGCUCCUGUAGCAGUUGCUGCUCCUGCACCUGCAGCAGCAGCUGGUGGAGCCGCUGCUGCUCCUGCAGCUGAAGAAAAGAAGGAGGAGCCCAAGGAAGAAAGUGAUGAUGAUAUGGGUUUCAGCUUAUUCGAUUAAAUUUCGGAUUCACAGGUCACUGGUUUUGCUCUGUAGGGAGAAACUCCAAUUUUUCUUUUUUGGAUUCAUUUUGCGGCAUGCCAUCUAACGCACAUUGAUAGACUCUGUUGAGUUUGUGGCAAAUAGUAACGGUCAUUUUCUUGAUUUUGGUUGUUUAGAAAUUUGUGUUUCAUCCUCAAGAUUUAGAUUUACUAAUUUACUUCGAAACAGAAUUGAUGUUCACCAUGUAGGAUUUAAUUUUGAUAUUAAUUUCAAUAUUCAGCAGAA